AAGUUUCCAGCGACUCAGCCAUCUCCGUCUCAACUUUUGAAAUGAGUCGGAGGACACGCGGCGCUCGGGGAGAGGAUUUAUGCGGGGAUAGAAGGGCGUGAUUGUGGGGUUGGGGGCCCGGUCCGCCCGGUCCGCCGGAGAAGCUGAAUAUGGGUCAGACCGCCGUCUCCGCCGUGUCUCAGACUGCGAGUGUUGAUGGGCUGGAGAAGUCAUCGUCACUGGCCAGCUGUGAUGUGGUGGUGGGCAGCACCACCAAUACCCAGAAUGCCCCUGCUUCACGGCAGCAGCGCGGCAAGCUUUCGUCACUGGGGAAGCUGUUCAAACCCUGGAAGUGGAGGAAGAAGAAGACCAGUGACAAGUUCCAGGAUCUUUCCAAAGUUCUAGAGAGGAAAAUCUCAACCAGACAAACGAGGGAGGAGCUCAUCAGAAAAGGAGUCCUCUUCCCUGAAGAUGAACCAAUCAGCAGUGAAAAUCUGAACGGCCACGCUGCGCCCGGUGUGACAUCAGAGGAGGUCAAAGUAGACAUCGAGUCACCGGAUAUAGUGCCAGAGGAGCCGAGCAUCAGAACCGAGGAGGCUGAGGACAGAACAGCCAAAUCUUGCCAUCCAAAGAAGGCCGGAAACACAACAAAAAACACCUCCUCUUCCUCCACCCCUCGUUCCCGGGUGUCUAAGGAUGGAGGAGCAGCAGCACAGACUGGCAAGGCAGAGGCAAGGAGCAACCGGAAAUCAGACACUGCCACCUCCUCCUCUGUACCUCAUAAGGCCUCCCCAGAGACUGCUAGCCUGCCUGGGGAGUUAGAGUCCCCGGGCUCCUCCUCAGAGCCCCCUACUGCCCCGUUGGAGGGCUCGGCCUCUAAGACAGAGGGCACCCAGGUUGACCCCUACUCCUGUCUGGAGGCCAAAUCCACUCCCGGUGCCUCCACUGCGGGUGAGGAGACCGAGGGCACCUCUGGUACGGCCCUGGAGGCCACUGACCAGUCUCCUCACAUCAACACGGCUACGGAAGACACCUCCUUCACAGAGGGAGAGACUGACAGCUCGUCACAGGAGGAGGACCUGAGGAGGACGGGAAGGGAAGGGGGAGAGGGGGAGGAAGGAGAAGAAAAAGAGAAGAAAACAGCAGACACCUCUCCUGUAGAGAAUAGUCAGAGGGCAGAGGAGGACCACGCCGAGCAGCCUCAGGGCAACACUGUAAACGUGGAGAACCCUGAGGUGACGCUCAUCCCUGAUAGGCCAAGGGACAGCCAAGCCAGUGACUCUGACUCUGAUGGACCAAUCCUGUACCGUGAUGAGGAGGAAGAGGAGGAGGAGGAUGACGAGUACACCAACAGCUCCCUGGCAAGUAAGAUCCGCCGGCGAGAUACCCUGAACAUCAAGCUGGGGAACCGGCCCAGCAAGAAAGAGCUGGAGGAGAAAAACAUUCUGCCGCGGAGCUCUGAGACUGAGAGACACGAGUUGCGCCAGCAGAUAGGCUGUAAAUUAGUCAGGCGCCUGAGCCAAAGGCCCACCACUGAAGAGCUGGAGCAGAGGAACAUCCUCAAACAAAAAAAUGAAGCAGAGGAGCAAGAAGCCAAGCAAGAGAUUAAAAGGAGACUUUCCAGAAAGUUGAGUGUGAGGCCUACAGUGGCAGAGCUGGUCGCGCGGAGGAUCCUGCGUUUCAAUGAGUAUGUGGAGGUAACGGACGCCAAGGAUUAUGACCGGCGGGCAGACAAACCCUGGACUCGUCUUACCCCCGCUGAUAAGGCUGCUAUCCGUAAGGAGCUGAAUGAGUUUAAGAGCCGAGAGAUGGAGGUUCAUGAAGACAGCAAACAGUUCACCAGAUUCCAUCGACCGUAAGCCCCCCCCCCCCCCCC